AUGUUUUAGUUGCAAAAAGAUUUUGAAAAAAUAAAUAAAUAAGUAACUAUCACAGACUACAAAACUAUAAAAUCAAAAAAUAAAAAAUAAUAUUUAUUAAUUUAUUUAUAUCUAUAAUUUUAAUCUAAUUCAUUAAUUUUUAUUUUUUAGGAAAAUAUUUUUAUUUAGUUUUUAAAUAUUAUUUUUUUCAAAUACAAAGAAAGAAAGAUUAAUUAACUCAAUCUUAAUUAUAAAAGCUUAUAUAAAAUAAGUAUAAAAGAUUAUUAUCGUUCAAUUAUUUUUUUUAGAAAAUAAAUUAGAAAGGGUAAAAAAAAAAAGAAGAUGAUUGUUAACAAAAUUGAGGAGCUCUAAAAUUGCUUAAAUUGCUAAAUAUUAUAAAUUGAUCUGGAGAGAAAUAGAAUUUUUGAUGAAGGAGUUAUUACCUUAGGUUCUCAAUUAUCAAAAUUAACUAAUUUGGUUAAUUUAAAACUUACAUUAGAGAGAAACAAUAUUAGUGAAAGGAGCAUUUAUGAAUUAAGUAAUGACUUAACAAAAUUAACUAAUCUCUCAACUUUAUCACUAAAUUUCAAUGAAAAUAAUAUAACUUGUAAGGGAGCAGCAUAUUUAGUAUAAGGAUUAUCUAAAUUGCCUAAUAUCUAAAUAUUAAAUCUUUAACUAAGAAAAAUUAAUUUGCGUAAUGAGGGAGCAUUUGUUAUAGGCUCUGAAUUAUGUAAAUUACCAAAUCUGUUAGCUUUGAGUAUUUACUUAAGCUCCAAUUAUAUUGAUGGUGAAGGUGCUACUGCUUUAAGCUCUGAGUUAGCAAAACUAACUAACCUCUAAUCUUUGAUAGUUUACUUAUCGUAUAACUAAAUCUAAUAGCAAUAUAAGAAACAACUAAAAAGAAAGGCUUUUAAGCUUAAGAAUUUAGUCUAGUGUGUUUUUUACUUUUGA